AUGGAAGAAGGCAAGACUGUAGAGGUACAUCCUCCAACCAACGAUCUCAUUGUCGACUGGGCUGGCGACGAUGACCCAGAGAACCCCCUCAAUUGGCCCUCGAAGCGCAAGGGCAUCAACAUUGCCCUCUUAUCGUGCCUGACCUUUGUCACCCCACUUGCUUCAUCGAUGUUUGCGCCGGGCAUCCCUCUGGUCAUGAAAGACUUCCAUAGCACCAGUGUUUUCUAUGCGACCUUUGCUGUCUCGGUCUAUUUGGUAGGCUAUUCGUUCGGCCCAUUGGUGUUUGCCCCACUCUCCGAGCUUUAUGGACGACUGCCUGUAUAUCUCGUCACGAAUGUCCUUUUCAUCAUCUUCACAAUCGCCUGUGCUGUUGCACCGUCUUUAGGCAGCCUCAUAGGCUUUCGCUUUCUCGCUGGAUCAGCAGGUUCUGCACCCCUUGUGCUUGGUGGAGGCAGUGUCGCGGAUCUGUAUCCUCGCGAAAAGCGCGGAUCCAAGAUGGCCGUGUUUUCCAUAGGUCCCCUAAUUGGACCGGUGGCAGGCCCUGUGGCUGGCGCCUUUCUGGCCGAGGAUGUUGGCUGGCGUUGGGUGUUCUGGGUCAUUACCAUUGCCGCCGGUAUUGUCGUGAUUGCAUGCUUCAUCUUCAUGAGGGAAACAUAUGCACCGGUACUCCUGGAGAGAAAAGCUGCUCGUUUGAGGAAAUCCACGGGAAAUCAAGACCUCCGUUCAAAGCUGUCCACAGACGACUCACCGCGGAAUGCGAUCGCAAAAGCAUUCAUACGCCCUACCAAGAUGUUCUUUAUGUCUCCCGUUGUCUUCGUAUUUGUGGUGUACAUCGGCGUCAUCUAUGGCUACCUCUACCUUCUCUUCACCACAAUCACCGAGAUUUAUGAGAGCGUCUACCACUUCUCGACCGGUCUGGCAGGUCUAUCUUACAUUGGAAUAGGUGUCGGGAUGUUUAUUGGGUUAGGCGUCUUCGGAGCGACUAGCGACCGGCGAAUUCAGAAGAAAAAAGCACAGGGAGACGUUUCUCCGGAAAUAAGACUGGAAGGCUUGAUUCCUGCCGCCAUAUGCAUCCCGAUCGGUCUCUUCUGGUACGGAUGGUCUGCCGAGAAACAGAUUCACUGGAUCAUGCCAAUCAUUGGAACGGGUUGGGUCGGCCUGGGUCUGAUUGGAAUAUUUCUUGCCGUCCAAACUUACCUUGUCGACUGUUAUCCUUUAUACGCUGCAUCGGUGACGGCCGCCAAUACUGUGGUUAGGUCGCUGGUGGGAGCUUUCCUGCCGCUGGCCGGCCGUCCGCUUUACUCGAAUCUGAAGCUGGGUUGGGGCAAUUCGGUGCUGGCUUUUAUCGCUCUCGCAAUGGUACCUCUACCGUUCAUUUUCAUGCGUUAUGGUGCCCGACUCAGGACGCAUCCUCGGUUCCAGGUGAACUUUUGACGGCACGAUACAGCCGCUGUUGCUUAUCAUGACCUACAGGAGCGGUCAAGCAGGUCUCAGCCUAGUACAACCAUGAACAUUCUCGUGCCAACCUCAAGCUUGUGGCGACUCUGCUCACCUGACCAUGGCUUGCAACACUGCCAAGUCCGAGCAUGCUGGAUCAAAGAGAAAGGAUUGUGCAAGCCCUUAAAUGACGAGCCACCAGAAUUUUUCAAGCUUGUCAAUUCACGCCCGGCAUCCACACAAGGCUGUGAAAAAGCUUUCUCCUUGGCCGAGCUUCGGUUUUUGACAGACCCAAUAAUUGAG